AUGAAGUGGCUUUACGUGUUAUACCAUAUCUCUGUGGUCUUAGCUGGCCGGGGAAAGCCCCUUGUUUCACCGGAUGAACUCCCCGCGAAAAUUCGCCUGGAAGACUUGCUGAAGGGGACUCAACACCUUGAGGACAUUGCUUAUUCGUACCCCGAGCGUAACCGCGUCUUUGGCAGUGCGCCGCAUAAUGCUACGGUUGACUUCCUCUAUCAUGAGCUGGAGAAGACUGGCUAUUAUCAUGUGUGGAAGCAGCCACAGGUGCACACAUGGACCAAGGCGACCUCCUCGCUGACAUUCGAUGGCAAGUCCAUUGAAGUGGCUGCAAUGACAUACAGCCCCAGUGUUGAUGUUACUGCAGAACUUAGAGUGGUCUCCAACCUUGGGUGUACGGCAGCGGAUUACCCAAACGACUUGGCUGGGAAGAUCGCCCUGAUCAAGCGUGGAGACUGUCCAUUUACUGAGAAGUCGGUGCUCGCCCAUGCAGCCAAUGCAGCUGCUGUAAUUGUUUACAAUAACGCUCCGGGAUCUCUCAGUGGAACUUUGGGUGGAGUGACUCCUGAUCAUGGAUCCUUUGUCGCUAUUGCGGGGAUAUCUGAUACUGAUGGCGAAUCCCUUCUCACUACCACAGGCAAUGGCGCCGUGACCGUAUCUCUUCUGAUCGACAGCAAGAUUGAGAAUCGCACGACAGACAAAGGGGGUGAUCACAAUAAUGUGGUGGCAUUGGGAGGUCACACCGACUCGGUCGAAGCUGGACCGGGCAUCAAUGAUGAUGGCUCUGGAAUUAUCGCCAAUCUUGUAGUUGCCCGAGCCUUGACACGCUUCUCUGUCAAAAAUGCCGUCAGGUUCUGUUUCUGGACGGCGGAAGAGUUUGGGUUGUUGGGUAGCGAAUUCUACACCUCCAACCUCAACUCCGAAGAACUUGCAAAGAUCAGACUUUACCUCAACUUUGACAUGAUCGCCUCGCCCAAUUAUGCGCUCAUGAUUUAUGAUGGAGAUGGGAACGCCUUCAACCAGACUGGACCGGCCGGUUCUGCUCAGAUCGAGGCUCUGUUUGAGAAUUAUUUCAAGUCCAAGAAUCUACCAUACAUCCCAACCGCCUUCGAUGGUCGAUCUGACUAUGAUGGGUUCAUCUCUCGCGGAAUCCCUGCGGGUGGGCUUUUCACUGGCGCUGAAGGUGUCAAGACCGAUGCUGAGGCCAAACUAUUUGGCGGACAAGCAAACGUACCCUAUGAUGCCAAUUAUCAUGCUGCUGGAGAUAACAUGACCAAUCUCAACCAUGAGGCAUUCAUAAUCAACGCGCAGGCUACAGCCUUCGCUGUGGCAACAUACGCCAACAGCCUUGCUUCAAUACCUCCCCACAAUGCAACAGUCACUCGACGAGAAGUGACAAGACGCGCACCUCGGUCGCAUGCACACACUAGAAACUCGGGAUGCUUCCACUUUCGAGUUGAAGUCUAA